AAUUUGAGUCCCGAGCUUUGUUCACACUUUAAAUAGCCGUCCUGGGACGAUUUUACAACAGACUCCCCUGGAAGUGCCCAAGCUGAGCCGCAGCGGAAGACCCACAUCGGAAGACCCACAUCGAUGAAAGCCAAGCCAAGCCACCAAGCCACCAGCAUGUCCUCAUCUCUUCGAGUAAGCCCGUCUAUCCACGGCUACCACUUUGACACAGCUGCUCGCAAGAAAGCUGUGGGCAACAUCUUUGAGAACAUAGACCAGGAGUCCCUGCAGAGGCUCUUCAGGAACUCCGGAGACAAGAAGGCAGAGGAGCGGGCCAAGAUCAUUUUUGCCAUCGACCAAGAUUUGGAGGAGAAAACUCGAGCCCUCAUGGCCCUGAAGAAGAGGACAAAAGACAAGCUUCUCCAGUUUCUCAAACUGCGAAAAUAUUCCAUCAAGGUACACUGAGCAUAGCAGGCUGGGUAAGAGCGUAUCCUCCAAUGGACCUUUAAAGACCCAGUGAGCCUGCCAGCUCUGGCACGGGCAGUGUCCCGCGAAAAGGCUUGAGAGCUUCCUCCGACAGGACCCCGAGGAUGGAAAGGGACAUACAUAACUCACCAGCUACACAGACUUGCAACUCAUUGCAGCCCUGAACUGUCCCACUGAGAGCCAAGUGCCUUCAGCAGGCGUUGAGAACUCUUGCAGCAGGAAAGGACCUACAUAGCCUGAGAGGAUGAAGGCACUGACCAGAACACUGCAUUUGUGCGGACUGAGUGCACGCACCCAGGGCCGUUGGCAAGGCCCUAAGACUAAACUCAAACCUAACUUGGUUUUUGUCCUUGUUAUUUGGUUAUUAUUUUGCU